CCUCCACAUCUCCUCCACCGGAGAGUCCUGUCACCACUUGGAAGUCACCUAAACUUGCUCCCUCUCGGUGGCGAGUCUCUUCUCACCAACUUUCUAGGAAAUCUUCUCUCAUUCUUCAUGAGCUUCACCAAUUAGUCCAUAUUAAUCCAAUUGCAUUGCUCAUACAGGCAGUAGCAAUUCUGUGGCAAGUAAAGGGAAAAAGAAUGAGCCACAGUGAAAGAAGAAGAAUGAAUGGAGAAGGUGAAGAAGAAGACGGUGAUGAGGAUGAUAUAGAUGGCGAUGGACUUGAUGCUUGGGAAAGAACUUACACUGAUGAAAGAUCUUGGGAAGCUUUACAAGAAGAUGAAUCUGGGCUUCUUCGCCCUAUCGAUAAUAAAGCUAUUUAUCAUGCUCAGUAUCGCCGUCGAAUUCGUUCCCUUUCAACUUCUGCUCGUAUCCAAAAGGGCCUCAUUCGCUUUCUUUACAUUGUUGUUGAUCUCUCUAGGGCAGCUGGAGAGAUGGAUAUCAAACCAAGCCGAAUGGUUGUGAUUGCAAGACAUGUCGAGGCUUUUAUAAGGGAGUUUUUCGACCAGAAUCCACUUAGUCAGAUUGGUUUGGUGACUAUAAAAGAUGGGGUUGCCCAUCCUUUAACAGAGCUUGGUGGGAGUCCAGAAUCCCAUAUUAAGGCUUUGACGGGCAAGUUAGAAUGCGCAGGUGAUUCCUCAUUACAGAAUGCUCUUGAUCUUGUUCGUGGGUAUCUUGAUCAAAUCCCAGCAUAUGGUCAUCGUGAAGUUCUGAUUUUGUAUUCGGCUCUCAGUACCUGUGAUCCAGGAGAUAUAAUGGAGACUAUCCAGAACUGUAAGAAAUCUAAAAUAAGGUGCUCAGUGAUCGGCCUUUCUGCAGAAAUGUUUAUAUGCAAACAUCUCUGUCAAGAAACUGGAGGGUUGUACUCUGUUGCAAUGGAUGAGACUCACCUUAAAGAGUUACUGCUGGAGCAUGCACCACCACCUCCUGCAAUAGCAGAAUUUGCAAUUGCUAACUUGAUCAAGAUGGGCUUCCCACAAAGGUCUGCGGAGGGUUCUAUCUCAAUUUGUUCUUGUCAUAAAGAAGCUAAAGUCGGUGAGGGAUAUAUUUGCCCCAGAUGCAAAGCACGCGUAUGCGACCUCCCUACUGAAUGCCGUAUUUGUGGGUUGACACUUGUUUCGUCUCCCCAUUUGGCGAGGUCAUAUCAUCAUCUCUUUCCCAUUGCCCCAUUUGAUGAGGUGUCUCAGCGCCAAAGUGAAUUGCAGCACAGACCUCAGAAAACUUGUUUUGGCUGCCAACAGAGCCUCCUAAAUCCUGGCAAUAAACCUGCCUUUUCUGUUGCUUGCCCUAAAUGCAAGCAGCACUUCUGUCUUGACUGCGACAUUUAUAUUCAUGAGAGCUUGCAUAACUGCCCAGGCUGUGAGAGUUUCAGGCACUCAUAGGCAGACACCUGUGAUGAAAAGAGACGACUAUUGCAACAGGUUAUAUUAUUCUCCCUGUUGCUAUGUGGCUGCCGUGGGCUCCCGGUACUGUAACUCGAAGCACAAGUCCGAUCAAGUUCACGGUACUGCAACUUGAAGCACAAGUCCGAUCAAGUCCACACAUUCAUAUUUGCAUUGCACCCCAUUUUAAGAUUACCAACUGAUUGCUGUUAUGGUUCCUUUGAUUAUAAGAUCAUGAGCUGAUUGCUGUUAUUGUUCCUGUAAUUUGGAUUCAGACAAGUAAAUAGAUUCCCCAUAGAAGAAACAGGGUCAUCUUCAAUUUCA